GCACCAGACCGGCACUGCUCCUCUCCGCGCCGCUGCCAAUUGCCAAAUUCCCAGGGGACGGAAUGGGGCCAUCGCCCAUCCCCACCACACCAUCCGCCACCAGCCGCUUGCCCUUCCUGGCUUCCUCCCCUGCCGCUGCCGCGCUCCUAAUAAUUGCAUCACCCCGUGCCCGCCCUGCUUAAUCCUGCUGCAGAAGUAGCCAUAAUCCUGUGCCUGCCACCUCCCUGCCUGCUUAUAUCACCACACCAGCUAGCUCCCCAUCACCGCCACCGCCGACUACUGCUGCUGCCACCGCCCGCUGGCUGGCUAAAAGCGCGUAGGCUGUGACCGACUGCGAGGGCACCGCACCGGAGAAGGAGCACGCCCGCGCCCGCGCGAACCGCAGCGCAGAGGCAGGGGACUUGUCCGCAGGUCGGUCGAUCGGUCGGCAUGAAGCUCCCGCUGCUGCGGCCGCUGUGGCCGGGCCUGGGCCCCGCGGCGGGGCCGGCCGACGCGGCGCCGGAGCCGGCCAAGCCGUCGCUGCCGGCAACGUGGCUGCUGCUGCACGCGCUCUUCUGCGCCACCUCCAUGGCCGUCGGCUUCCGCUUCUCCCGCCUCAUCGUCUACCUCCUCUUCCUGCCCACCCCGCCCAUCAACCCCGCCGCGCACCUCGUCUCGCUCGUGUCCCCACCCGCCGUCGUGCUCGCGGGCGCCAACGCCACGGCCAUGGCAACGAUCACCACGACAACGACCACGACGACCACCGUCACCACCACCACCACCGUGGCCGCCGAGAUCGGUGACCACCCGCAGCCGCAGCACCACCACCACCACCACGGCCCCGUCUUCGUCGGCCGACAUCCGAUCCGCGUCCGCGCCUGGCCCCACCCGGACCCAAGCGAGCUCCUCAAGGCGCACCGCAUCCUUGCCGCCGUCCAGAACGCGCAGCGCAGCACCAAGCGCCGUGGCGCGGGACCCGCGAGGCCUGUCAUUGCCGUCACCCCGACCACCACCUCCGCGCUCCAGGUGCCGUCGCUGACGUCUCUGGCGCACACCCUCCGCCUCGUUGACGCCCAGCUCGUGUGGAUCGUCGUCGAGCCGGGCCACCGCACCGACGCCGUCGCCGCGGUGCUGUCCCGCUCCAACCUCGACUUCCUCCACAUCACCGGCGCUGGCGACUCCACGGCGAGCCUGCGAUUGCACGCCCUCAGGGAAAUUCGGACGAAGCGGAUGGACGGCAUCGUGGUGUUCGCUGACGAGAACAGCAUCCUCCGUACCGAGCUGUUCGACGAGGCGCAGAAGGUGACCACCGUGGGCGCCGUGCCCGUCGGCAUCCUUGGCGAGGACGACGGCACCAGCGAGUCCUUCCUCCAGGCGCCGUCGUGCGACGCGGAAGGGAACCUGGUGGGCUACCGCAUCUCGGAGGAGACCGUGUUGCCGGCGAACCGGAGCGACAUGCUGAUGUCCAGCAGGCUGGAGUGGGCCGGCUUCGUGGUGAACGCGCGGGCGCUGUGGGAGGACACCAAGGAGCGGCCGGUGUGGGUGCGCGAUCUCAGCGCCAUCGACGACGCCGACGCUCGCGCUGCCAGCCCUCUCGCGCUCGUCACCGACGCCGGCCGCGUCGAGCCGCUCGCCAGCUGUGCCCAGGCGGCUCUCGCGUGGUCGCUGCGUUCCGACAGUCUCCACGAGGUCAAAUUCCCACACGAGUGGAAAAUCGAUCCUCCACUGCUGAAUACCGGUGCCCGUCAGCAAACUGUUGAACCAGAGACACAACCGAUGCAAACUACUCUAGCAAGCACUGAAGACCAGCACUAGAGGACAUUUCUUUUUUUUUUUUCGUGGACAGUACAAGUCAGAGCAAAUCAGGCAGCUGUUGCCCCCAAUAUUUGUCAAAAGUCCACAGCAGUUGCACACUGAUGCACCGUCGGUGCCAACCGCUGCCAAAGUAACAGAAGCCGCCUCAGCUCAGCUCAUUUCUUUGGACUCUACAGAUAAAGCUACCAACAGUACAUGUAAUCUUGGACACUUCGUCGUCUAAAUCCCUUUGUAUCGACGUAUAAAAAAUAGGUAAAAAUUUUAAUUAUCCGUACCUUCGUUCCCCCUUGCUGUAGAAUAGCAUUGUAGGCAUAUUGUUUUCGUGUAAAAUAGAUGAGAGCAGGGACUUGCAAAAGUCUUGUGGUUUGGGAAUCGAAGCAUUGGUUGUACACUUGUAUGAAAUAAUGAAGAUCCAGUUUUCACUUCGUUUUCUA